CCUCCCUUACGCAGCUGUUGAGGAGUAACAGCUAAAGUGCGUGCCAGGGGAUUAAUAUUAUUGACCAGGCAGCACAGGACAUCUUGAGUGGGCUUCUUCUCAUAUCGCAAGAUGUUUUUUUAAUGCGUCAUGAUGACAGUGUGACUGAACUCAGAAAUAACAUCCUUGUAACCAUGGCAGCAAAUGAUGAAUCUCCAGAAGAUUUUGAGAAGUUUCUGGAACUGAAAGAAAGAUGCAAGAUUCUCUUUGAAGCAGACCCUUCUCAGGCCCAUUCUGAUGCCUCACUAAAAAGGUUCCUCCGAGCAUUUACAGAUGUUGAUGUCGCAAUGAAGCAGCUGCUCAAAUGCAACAAGUGGCGGCGAGAAUAUGGUGUUGACUCAUUGUCACCUGAUGACCCUGACAUAGCUGCGGAAAUGACAACUGGCAAGGUUCACAUUUUGCGUAACCGUGACAAUAAGGGAAGACCUGUGGUGUAUGUGGCAGUCCGCAAACACAACGCUUACGAGAGAGAUAUAGAGAAGUUAAAGAAGUUUCUUGUUUACAUACUAGAGUCUGCAUGUAAGAAGUGCAACGAAAGUGUCAUUGACAAUUUGCUGCUCAUCUUUGACAUGAAAGGGUUCACGAUGGCUUGCAUGGACUAUCAAUUUGUUAAGAAUCUUAUCUGGAUUCUGUCUCGCAACUAUCCUGAGCGCCUAGGUGCCUGCCUUAUCAUCAACUCACCUCUCAUCUUUUCGGGCUGCUGGACUGUUGUCAGACCCUGGUUGAAUGAUGUGACUGCUAGCAAGGUGAUCUUUCUUGCUGGUGAGAAAGAACUGUGCCAAUAUAUCAACCCUGAUGCUUUACCUCCUGAUGAGGAAUUAGGUGCCUGAUCAGGCCACCUUCCAGCAGGAUCUUUUCAUCUCAUCACUGUCAGUAGUCUUGCCUGCUUUUGUUCAACAGUGAUAUAUGCCUCAGGUCUGCACUUGCACGAAGUUGAAAUAAGACGUUUGUCACAGAUAUCCUGUUUGUUCUUUUGUGAUCUGCAUGCAUAGCAGUGACAUGCUUACUUCAAACUCAUUGUCAUUUCAGAACAUGAUAUUGUUUCAUUAAGCAGUUAAUUUGAGAGUGCCAUCCAAAAUAUUCAGAUUAGAUAAAGGAAUAAUCUAAAGCAGCCCGAUCUAAAGAUGUCAUUCCUGUAAGUCUGCAUCAUUAUAAUCUGGAAAAUUAUGUUUGAUGUUAACAUUAAAAUAAAUAUUUUUUUAAUUUUUAGUGAUUGGUUGGUGAAAUGCUUCCUUGCUUGCAGUCUAUUUUAAUUUUGUUGGCUUAGCUUAUAUUGUCUUUUCAAAGACUACUUGCCAUUUUUAUUUUAUUAUUUUUGUUAAGUUUUGUUUGGUGACAGGCAUGGUUGUCUUAUGUUGGUUCACAAACAGUGUCAGUGAUGACAUCAAAGUUGAUAAAAGAUUAAAUAUAGUUUGAUUACAUAAUCUAUACAAUCUCUCAGAUGCUAGAAAAGAAUUUGCAUACAUGAAAUAGGAUAUAGAUGAUGCCUCAGUGAAGAUGAUAUUAACAUUUUUUGCAUGUUCAUGUUGCCCUCUGCUAGUCUCAUAAACUGGCAGUUGGUAGAAAACAAUGAGUAUUUCUCCACAUUAUGUUGGGUCGUCAUUUGUUCCUUGACUGGUACCUGUCAUUAGGGGCAGCACAUGGAUAGAUACGGCAGCUGACAACACCUAUUUUGGGCAAUAAAGAGCAGGUCUCCACAGGAUGACCAGUCCAGUCUUUGACAUUUGUAAGCCAGUUUUUCCUCUGGCCAACGAUGGUGUUGAUCACCCUACAAGGUACCUCGAAGGACAAUCUUCAACAAGGUGUUGUGCCAGGGCAUAUGGCAAAACCAGACCAGCUUACAUUGACUGUUGCGAGUACAGGUUCCUCAUGUCCUACAAAUGUGGCGACCGUGCUUUGUACAAAGUCAUUAGCUUUGUGUUCUCUGCAUGAAAUCUGCAGCAGCCUUCUCAGGUAUUUGCUUUUAGAUGUCUGGAUUCUCUUCUUUAUAUUGGCAAGCCGAGUCCAUGUUUUAUAUCCAUAGAGAGCAGGAUUGAUACUACAAGAUUGUACUUUGUAGUAAACUUGAUGUUAUGGCUGUGCCAGACCUUGCUACCCUGUUGUGGAGCUGCUGUCCUUGGAGAGGGUGGCUUCCAAGUACUUAAAGCUGUUUACCUCUUUGAGCCAUACACUGUUUAUGUAGAUCUCUGCUUUUCCAUUGCCAGUGCUCAUAACUUCGCUCUUAUCAAUGCUGGUCUCCAUUCACAGUUUUUGACCUGUCUGUCAGUCUGCUGGUAAGAUAUUGGAGUUCUUUAUUGGUAUGUGUAAACAGGUCUAUGUAGUCUGCAAAGUGUAGGUUGCACCAGUGGAAAAAGAAGUGUGAUGGUGAUAGAGUUUUUCACACAUGAUAUUCUCCUAGAAGAUAUUGAACAGCACAGAUGAAAGUGGGAAGCCUUGAUGUACGCUUGCUGUAGUGCAAACAUAAGUUUCUAUUUGGUUACUGCACUCCUUGAAAUACUAUACAGCGCUUUGAUGACUUGGACAAGGCCUUCUUCGAAAGUUGAAUUUUUGCAUCACAUACCAUAGCUUCUCAUACUAAACUCUAUUGAAAUCCUUAAAGUCUGUGAAGUUGUGAUAGAGGUCCUGCUGAUGCUGAAAGUGCUUCUUUGUCAGGACGUGACAGUUAAAGAUCUGCUCAACUGUGCUUUUACCUGGUCUGAAGCCUCCCUGUUCUUCUAUUAGCAGUCCCUCCACUGUGGUACUGAUGCAGAUCUGCAUUACUUUCAGCAUAAGUUUGCUUGGGUGGCCGAUUAAGCUUAUGGUUCUGUAGUUCUGGCACUGUUUGCUGUUUCCUUUGUUGGGAGUGACUUCAUCUAUUCUUUGGACCAUUAUUUACACUCCCAGACCUUUUGGCACAGAGCAGGGAGGGCCUUUGCAGUUUCUUCCCCAACCUGCUUGAGUACCUCAGCUGGAACAUUGUAAGGGUGUUGUAAGCUGGAAUGUUGGAAAGGUGGUGGUGGUUUGAUUGUUGGGAUGUUUUCUGCAUGAGUGAAACCUUUAUGGAAAAAAUUUUUGUUUUGUAGAUCGGUAACCCAUUACAUAUUUUGUUGUUGUUAUCAUCUAUGUUUAUAUCAGAUUUAUACAUAACAAAGAGCUAUAAGUAAACAUAUGAGUACUGGACUUACAUGCAAAUAUUUACGAACCAUAAAUUUGCUUAUAUACAGGAAUGGCAUAUAAAACUUGUACUAUGACACAUAUGUACAGGUGUGUGUGUGUGUGUGGAUCAUGCUUAUAGCCAGUGUAUGUUAAUAAGUGAAUUGUAUAUCAUUGUGUGUCAGUAAAGAGUUUAUCAGUAUUGCUUUUAUAGAGCAGACUAUUUUAAUGCUAUUCUGUGAUAGUGUUGACCAAUAUCAGUUACUAUUCUUUGAUCUGACUGUCAGAUAUUUUUUAGUCAGUUUCAAUAUUGCAUGUGUGGUUAAGGAUCAGGAAAUUCAUUUUACAAAUGUAUCUGUAUUUUGGUUUGAGGGACAUAUAUUUAUAUUUUUGUUAUUAAAUGUGAAUGCUUAUGUA